AGUAUGCAAAUUUUCAUCUGUUUCAAAAAUACUCGAACCAGAGCAAAACUAUCACUAUUAUAACAAAAAACCAUUCAAGUUUGAGAUUAUUGAAAAUAAGGAAAAUAAAACGAAGGAAAAGUAUCUAGGACCCGAAGAAUGCAAUGGCAUCAGAGUGAUCACAGUUAGUGAUGAUAAAAAUUCAUUAAAAUGCUAGCAAAUUGCCGUAAAUGAAAAAGAAAAGAAAAGAAUCGUUUGCCGAAUGAAAAGAGAAAAUGAUUUGCCAUCUGGAGACUUGUAUGAGCAAUUAGGAUUAGACAUGAGAGAAGUUCGUAAGAUGGAUGAAGAUCAGCGAAAAAAAGCUAUUCAAAAAGGAUUUCUAAAAAUGAUUCUAAUCUGGCAUCCGGACAAACCUAAUGGUGACAAGGAAAUAGCCGACCAGUUAGUUCAGGCAAGAAAUAUUUUGCAAAAUGAUGAAAUGCGAGCUCAAUAUCACAACCAAAUCGACUUUAAUCAGGGAUGGUUUUCUAUCAGACGAUGGAAAACAAUCUUUGCUCCUGAAAUGGCUACUGAAGAACAAUGGAAAGCUUUUCUCAAACGACUUGCUUUUCUUGGCUUGUCUUCUCUACUGGCUGUUGGUGGUAUUGCAGCUACUGUUUGUACAGCUGGUUUAGCAGCUCCAGUUUUUGUAAUAUUAGGAGCCAUAGCUGGAGGAGCGUUAACAGGUGCAGGUUUGCAAUCUUUAGGGGAAACAGUAAGUAAAAAAUCUGUUGUUCACGGAAUAGACGUAAAGAACUGGGCAAAAAAAGCAUUGAUUGGUAGUGUUGCUGGCGCAAUAGCUGGAGGUGCUUCAGGUGGCAUCACUGCAGCUAUGGUCGGCAUUGGAAGUGCUGCAUUACCAUCAGCAGCCGUUUCUAUUGGUCAAUAUGUUUCCAUGGGAGCAGCGAAUGGUGCUAUUGGUGGAGCAAUGUUUUCUUUGAGCUCUGAUUUAGCAAAGAAAAUAGUUGAUGAAAAGGACAUUUCUUUAAAGCAGUUUUUACUUCAUACCCUUUGUGGUGCUUUGAUAGGUGCAACAGCAGGAAUUGCAGGAGGAGCAGUCACCGAAGCACUGGUCGACAGUGGAUCAGUAGCUGCAGAACCCACAUUAGAAGGGGAUGCUGUUGAGCAAUUUUCAGCGCAAGCACCAGGAAAGAAUGUCUAUGACGUAGUACGUGGGGUUGCAAAAAAAGCUACUAUAGAAGGGACAAAAUCUACUGCUAAUGUGCCAUACAAGUUUGCUGAUGAACGACUAGAUUCCUCAGUUGAAAAUCGAAGAUUGACGACGCACUUAGAAGAGGGAGCUCAAAAUAUUUUUCUAAAUACUGUAAAGACAAGUAUAAUACAAGCAGUUGGUGCAACACAAGGGUAUUCAUUGUUAAAUCAAAUGAAAGAAGUAUUCAAAUUAGUUCCUGGAGAUCUAGGUGAUAUGUUACAGAGUGUAAUAAACGAUAACUCAGGUAAUAUAAGUAACGGAAUUGAUGUGUAUCCAGAUUGUGGACAGGAAAGCGUUGACUGUCCUGAUGGCUCAUACGUAAGUAAAGAUCGAUAUAACGAAGAUGAAAAUGUGCAAAGUAGAGAAGCAGAUACACGUGUAUUUCGUGCAACGGUGUAUGGACAAACAUAUGCAUCACAACAACGUUGCAUGCAGUCAGAAGCUAACAAUGUAUAUUGUGCAAGUGUACAUGAACAAACAUAUGCAUCACAACCACUUCACAUGCAGUCAGAAUCUAGCAAUGUAUAUUUUGCAAGUGUACAUGAACAAACAUAUGCAUCACAACCACUUCACAUGCAGUCAGAAGCUAACAAUGUAUCUUGGGCAAGUGUACAUGGACAAACAUAUAAUGCACCACAGGAAACAGCAAAUACAUUUGAUACACAUGAAGUCGGUUUCAAUGUAAAUUCCAGUGCAUAUAGAGAGUCAGCAAUAACUAACCCUGAAGCAGAGGAUUGCUUUGUACAAAUUGCUGGAGAUGUUUUGUCUCAAAGAGAUUCAGACGGCCUCGUUGACGUUCAACAUAUUGAGAAAUUGGCUAGCUUAAAGCAGGUACUCAGUAAAACCAUUAUAUACAAAUCCAACGGUGCCUGGUUCUCUAAAAUGAUCGUAUCCUAUUCAUUAAACGGGAAAAAAUACAGAAUUGAAGAAUGUGGUGAUCGAAAGAGAGUAGAAAUUUCUGAAAAUGCAACAGAUAUCAAAGUGAAACUUCAAGUUUCGCGUCCAGUUUGGGGUGACGUCAUGAAGUACGAUCGUUUUAAGAAGAAAUGGUCAACACCGUCCGAACCACACAUCUUCCGAUACAAAAAGGCAGUUGAUCGUACCUUUACAAUUAGUGGCAUCCUUUGGUUUGAGGCAGUCAUGGCUGUUACGGAUGAGUACCAUGAAGAAACCAAAGAGAUGGGUGAGGAGACCGUCAUUAGUGUUCCAAGGCAAGUAAGGCGGAGGACGAUAGAAACUGAUGCUGACAAUACAUCAAAAAUGGCGGUUAAUUUACAGAAUCUAAUAAACGAUAACUCAGGUAAUAUAAGUAAUGGAAUUGAUGUGUAUCCAGAUUGUGGACAGGAAAGCGUUGACUCUCCUGAUGGCCCAUACGUAAGUGAAGAUCGAUAUAACGAAGAUGAAAAUGUGCAAAGUAGCGAAGCAGAAACACGUGUAUUUCGUGCAACGGUGUAUGGAAAAACAUAUAAUGCACCACAACCACUUCACAUGCAGUCAGAAGCUAACACUGAAUAUUGUGAAGCAAGUGUGCAUAAAGAAACAUGUCAUGCAUCACAGCAAUCACAGCAAACAGCAAAUGCUACAUCUGCUACAAAUGAAGUCGGUUUCAAUGAAGCAGAGGAUUGCUCUGGGCAAAUUGUUAGAGAUUUUUUGUUUCAAAUCAAUCCAGACAACCCCUUUGACAUUCAACAUAUUGAAAACUCUGCUAGUUCAAAACAGGUGCUAACUAAAACCAUUACGUAUAUAUAUAACGGUGCCUGGAUUUCUAAAAUGAUUGUCUCCUACUCUUUAAACGAAGUAAGAGAGACAAAAGCCGUAAGUGGUGAUCGAAAAAGAGUUGAAAUUUCUGCCAAUGCAACAGACACCUAACUUCUAAAACUUAGGUGCACUAUAUUAUAAAAAAAGUAAAAAUUUCAUUUUCAGUUAUUAUCAAAUAGGCUUCUUUUAUACAGUUUGAAAGCCAUAAAUCGGAACUUGUUAAAGGAGCGAAUCACAUCCGAAAAAGUGUACCGGACAUUUAGACUUUCAAAAAUCCGGUGAUUUUUAUGCCGCACUUUCGUAUUUUUUUUAAUUUUGUCUUCGUAAUUUCUUAUUACUUUUGUACGUUUUGAGGGCUACGAUUAAAAAAUUUGUAAAUACACAAACCAUACGUAACUGCGAAGAUAACAAACCUGAAACCCCUAAGUUUUUAAUUAUAAUAAACCCAUAAGAAGGAGGAAGAAAGGCACUACUUGUAAUUACUUAGUAUUACUCAGUUAUACCGUGAAUACUUACAACUAAUUAAGUCAUUUAACUAAAAUCAAAUGCAGGAGCUCAGUCACUACAAUUUUUACUCCUAUAAUGCAUAUAUUUUUUGUGUUCCAUUAUUAUAAAAUUAUAGAUUGAAUUAAUUUUCCAAA